CAAUCGAUUGCCCCUGUGUAUCCAUGGAGACCCUCGUCCUGCGAGUCGGUUCUCUCUUUUCAUGUCCCUAGUAGCAAACUGGAUGACACGCAACGCGCAUUAAUAGUCAGAAAUGGAAAACAUUUACCGCUUCAAAAAGAGAAUGGUGUAUCCGGAAAAGUUAACUUUGGACCAAGUCGGCGACAAGACAUCCUCUGCAAAAUCCUCGUCCUGGUGCAACGGACCGUUGGAAAAAACCCACAAAAUAAACGUUCACAGUGUUAAAAAAACGUGCAAAAGUGAAGUUCGCGAGCAGAAUAGGUCGCCUUCCUUUGAAAACUACUCCACAUCCGCAAAUCGGCAAUUUAUCCAGGACCGGAUCAGGCACCUGGUCGAUGCUUUUAGCACACGAGCUCAAGCUGCAAGAGAACGAAUCGAAACUCCUGCGACGCCGUCCUCCAUCAGCAGCAGGGAAACAGUGGAGCCUCCGCCAGUUCAAAUCAAGCCAAAACUGAGCACUACGUCCGACAAGAGCAUAAGUGAAGUUCCGCAAACCAAGUCCAAGUCGAAUUCCAUUUAUAGGAACAUUAAGUACAUUUUGGAUAACAAAGUUAUCGACCCCAAUGGCAAGGUUUACAUCACGUGGAUGUCGAUUGCAGCGAUGGCUGUUAUGUACAACGCUUGGGUCAUACCUCUGAGGAGCACUUUUCCGUAUCAAACGCCUCAAAAUAGGCCAGUGUGGAUGGCGUUCGAUUACUUAGCCGAUUUUGUUUACUUGCUCGAUAUGAUUCUCAUUCAGCCAAGAGUCAAAUAUUUGAACGAGGGGUUUUGGGUUACCGAUAUGGCGCAGCUCAGAUACAACUACAUCAAGAAAAGGGCUUUCAAGUUGGACCUGGUCUCCCUUAUCCCUUUGGACCUCCUCUACUUAAUCCUAGGCCCCGAAUGCGUAAUUUUGCGCUUUCCGCGCUUCUUCAAAUUGCACACGUUUUGGGAGUUCUUCAGUUUCGUGGACAAACUCCUCGCUAAUCCUUACAUAAUACGGAUAACCCGGACCUUGAUGUACAUGAUGUACCUAAUCCACAUAAACGCAUGUGCGUAUUACGCCUUCUCCUCAUGGGAAGGCAUCGGAAGCAAUAACUUCGUCUUCGACGGUGUCAACAACGCCUACAUUAAAUGCUUCUACUUCGCCACCAAAACUGCAACCUCGAUUGGAAAAAAUCCAAAACCGACCCAAGAAAUCGAGUAUAUGUUCAUGACGGUGUCAUGGCUAAUGGGCGUGUUUGUAUUCGCUUUGUUAAUAGGGCAAAUACGCGACAUUAUUUCAACAGCCACAAGGUCGAAGACCGAAUACAGAAAACUAGUAGAUGAGACUUUGGAGUACAUGAGAAGGCUGAAUUUGCCGCAAGAUAUGCAAAGGAGGGUCCAACUAUGGUUCAACUACACGUGGGAGACGCAACACACACUUGAUGAGAAAAACAUCCUCGACUGUCUUCCCCACAAGAUGAAGACCGACAUUGCCAUAAACGUCCACAUCCAAACCCUCAGCAAAGUAAAACUCUUCGCCGACUGUGACGAAGCUCUCCUUCGCGAGCUCGUCCUCCAGUUGAAAUCGGUCAUUUACCUCCCUGGUGACAUAAUUUGCAAAAAGGGCGACGUUGGUAAAGAAAUGUACAUUAUACAGUGCGGCAAAGUCCAAGUUAUUGGCCGCCACGAAAACGACGUGCUUGCAACUCUCUCCGAAGGCUCGGUUUUUGGCGAAAUCAGUCUCCUGGGAAUCCCCGGAAUGAACCGGCGAACCGCCGACGUCCGCUCGCAAGGACACUCAAAUCUGUUUGUUCUGAGCAAAGCUGACCUGAACGCGGCCUUGUCGCACUACCCCGAAGCUCAAGAAUUGCUCAACAAGAAGGCGAAAAUGCUCAUGAAGAAAAACGCCGCUCUUGAAAGAAAACACAACGCUAUGAUUAUCAUCGAUAAUCCCACGCCGCCGGCGAAACAGGCCAAGUUGCUGGAUACGGUCCUGCAAGUGGUGCCGCCCGAUUCCAAAACUAACAGACUUUUGAGGUAUGGGAGUAAGGGGAAGCCGAGAGGGAGGCCGGAGAACGAUAGGUUUAAGUACAGGAAUAGUUUGCCAAGUAUCAAAGGGAUUGAUAGGUCGUUUCAGACUAAAGUGACAGUGCACAGGACUAUGAGUUAGUGGAACUAGUUCAAUUAGGGGAUAAUUUUACAGUCGAUUGAACGCGAUAUGAUUUACGAGCAAUUUAUGGUAUUUAUGAGGAAGUUGGUAGUAGGUCAGGCCUGCAGGAACAUGUCUUCAAGUUUCUUAUCUUACAAAUUGGAAGAUAAAUACAUAAUAAUGGAGUGACUCACUUCAUUAAUAUAACGGUCAAUGAAAAAUCACUGUCUAUUGCUUUGAAAAAAUAUUGCGUCAUGUGAAAAUUUAGAUGAAACUAUGCUGUGAUGGUUUUUUCCAAAAUAAUAAAUUAUUUUAUAAAGUAGCCUUCUCGUAGAUUUGGUGUGAACUAAAUAGCUAUAAUAUUGUUUGUAGGGAAGUGUUACUUGUAUUAAAUAAUAAUAAUAAUUUUUUAAAUCAUAUCACAUUUCAUUUUCUGAAAGUAAUAAUAAGACUACGAUUAGUUAGCUGUCUUAUAAUUUCUAGAAUUUUUUUCCCCAGAUAGUAAAUCCUGGCUGGUCUUUGCAUAUUCAAAAUUUGCAAAGUGUAAGUAAACAGUUUCAAUCAAAAAUGCCACAAUUUAAAUCGCUGUUAAGAUAAGAAGUCAGUGGAUUAUUAAAAACUCUCUCCUAAAAUAGUCUGUUAAUAGGCAACAGGAAAAAACUAUGUCCCUAUUUAUUGAAAGAACUGUUUUAAUUGUUUAUCUUUUUGAAUAAUUACCUUUUGAUUGUUUAUCUUUUUGAAUAAUUACAGUUGGUAAUCAGAAAAAGAAUUGGUUAAAUGCGUAGAUCUAUUUUUACAUACUGCUGUAGGAAACACCUAUUACCAAAAUUUUGCUGCUUGGUUUUCAUUUAACAAAAUAAAAAUUUGCGUCACAAAAUAUUCUUUGAUGUUUUUUUUCAUGUAUUUGUCAAUUUUUUAUUUUGUUGUUCAUUCUAUAUCUGCAAAAAAUACUUUCUUACAAAUUAAAAUCAUCCGUGAAGGUGGAUUUUUCAGUAAUCCUGAUUGUCAUGAAAUCAUCUUUAAAGUGUUCAAAACACUACACAAAGUGUGCAAAUGUGUAAUGUUGGUUCUAUAAUUGUCAAAGUUUAAUGUUUACUUCAGCACUAAAGUUGGUUUAUUUUUAUUACACUUAUAUGGUUUUUUCUAUAUUCGUGAUAAAUAAUUUAACUUUAGUGCCUUCAUUAUAACUAUUAUUUUGAAUAUAUUUUUCUGGCCUUCCAUUCAUUACGAAAUAAUUGUUGCGUAUAAAAACCGAGUUAUUUUGGUGGUAAAAAUCAUUAGUAUAAUCCCUGGCACCUUUUUAUACUUUACGACAGGACUUGUAUUGCGAAGGUAGAAGCCUUGGAAGUGUGGCCUUUAAUAAAAACAAUUAUUAUUGUUAUAAUAAUUCAAGCUGUAUUUACAUUUUUUAUGCUUUUACGUUUAUUGUAGAAAAUAAUUAUUUUUUACGUAUUUUGCUGUAAUUAGGUCUUACAGAAACAUUGUACCUUACAGUAUUAGCUAUUUUAGGAUACUGAUUGUAUAAAAAGUUGCUGUAUUUUUGUGAUAAUAAAAAAAAGAAAUAAAUCUGGCUAAUGCACGAGAACCAA